AAUAAAGUAUGAGCUUCUGAUUGAGAAAAUGUAAAUACUUCUGCAAAUGGAAUUGUAAAAAUACUGCAUCUCUGGAUAUUUCUGAUAUGACAAUUUCAGGAGCUAGAAUUUGUGGCAUUUUUGUUGGCAAUAACGAAGGUAUUGCCUGACCAUGGAGUUUGGAAGUUCUCUUCAUAGUCACAGUAGCAGUUCCAAGACAUUAAAAGUCACUGGCCAGCAUGAAAGAAUCUAAAAAGUGAGUCUAAAAACCAAUGAAGUAUUAAUUCCAAAAGAGCCAAAGGAGGGCAUUCUCAAAUAUCUGGCUCUUUCAGUUGUCCUUUUUUCUGGAACACAAAGAUAUGAUCAUACUGGUAGUAUUUCUGCUUUUUAUUUUCAUAACAAAACAACAUUUGCAAUUCUCUCUCUGAGCCUCAGAGUGUCACUGUUGGCCAGUGUGGUGCCAGAAAAAAGGAUGGAGAUCUAGUUAUGCUUCUCCUACAAAGUGAGUGUUUCAUCAGUUCUGUACAGACUGGACGAAGAGAAAAACACAAAGGCGUUGCAGUCUGGCUGAAAAAAAGGAAAAGGCUCCCAAUCCUCACAAUCUAAGAAGGAAGACAGUUUAUAUUUACUUACAGAGAUUUCCUCUGUGCUAUUGAGAAACUGAUCUGGUCACUACAAGCUGCAGAAAAGGAGGCAGAAAAUUUCUCAGUGAUCUGGAUGGACAAAAGGCAGGAAGAGGAUGGCAGAACAUUCAGAAGGCAAGUACUGCUUCUCUUAUUUUUGCCUUUCUCCUGCUGGGCUGCCUCAGAGCAGAUUCGGUAUUCUAUCCCUGAGGAGAUGGCAAAGGGUUCGAUUGUGGGGAAUCUUGCCAAAGAUUUGGGACUGAAUACCAGAGAUCUAGGAAGGCGCAAUCUGCAUGCUGCCUCUGUGAACAAAAUGCAGUAUUUCAGUAUAAGUGCAGACAAUGGAAACCUUUAUGUGAAUGACAGAAUUGAUAGGGAGGAAAUAUGUGGCACAACUCCACUCUGCCUUAUUAAUUUUGAAGUGGUGAUGGAAAAUCCUUUAAAUGUUUUCCAUAUAACAAUAGUUAUACAGGAUAUUAAUGAUAAUGCACCACAGUUCCUCAGUGAUAUAAUCAACUUGGAGAUCAUAGAAUCAACUGUUCUAGGAACCAGAUUUCUCCUUGGGAAAGCAGAAGAUCCUGAUAUUGGGUUGAACUCUCUCCAGAAUUACCAGCUGAGCUCCAACCAGUACUUCACCUUGGAAGUAAGGGAGAGAAAAGAUGGAAAUAAAUAUGCAGAAUUAGUGCUAAGUAAAGUUAUGGAUCGAGAAAGUGAACAGACUAUUCACUUGAUCCUUACAGCCUUGGAUGGCGGCGAACCAAGAAAAACUGGGACUGUCCAGAUACGGAUUAAUGUCACAGAUGCCAAUGACAACCCACCUGUUUUCACUCAGGAGGUGUACAAAGUCAAUUUACCUGAAAAUGUUCCUGUUGGGUCACGUGUGCUCCAGGUUGUAGCCUCAGAUAAAGACGAAAGCUCUUAUGCUCAGAUCAGGUAUCAAUUCAGCAACAUAGCAGCAAACAGCCACAAGAAAUUCAGUUUGGAUCCAAUUAAUGGCAUAGUCACUCUUACGGGACUGCUCAACUUUGAGGAAACUAAAGAAUAUACCAUGACAGUAGAAGCCAAAGAUGGUGGUGGAUUGGUGGCACAAUCCAACAUUGAAAUAACUGUACUUGAUGAGAAUGAUAAUGCCCCAGAGGUGACGUUAGCCUCCAUGUUCAGUCCUGUUCCUGAAGAUUCUCUGCCAGGAACUGUUAUUGCUCUGAUCAAUGUAAAUGACAGAGAUAGUGGUGAUAAUGGGAAGGUUACUUGCUAUUUACAGGAUGAUUUACCCUUCAAAAUUCUUCCCUCAUCUAACAAUUACUUCAAGCUCCAGACAGACAGUCUCCUGGACAGAGAAAGAACUCCUGCAUAUAAUAUUACAAUCACAGCCACUGAUAGAGGAACUCCACCUCUUUCCACACACAAAACAAUCUCACUACAGAUCUCAGAUAUCAAUGAUAAUUCGCCUACAUUUCAGAGAUCAACCUACAGCAUCUAUGUGCCAGAAAACAAUCCUUCAGGUGCCUCCAUUUUCACCAUCAAAGCCUCUGAUUCCGACAUGGAUCAGAACUCACGGAUCACAUACUCCAUCCUCAACAGCAACAUCGAGGACAUUCCCAUCUCCUCCUAUAUCUCCAUUAAUUCGGAGACCGGCACCAUCUAUGCCCAGAGAUCCUUUGACUAUGAACAAUUCAGAGAGUUCCGGCUGCAAGUGAAGGCCCAAGAUGGGGGUUCUCCCCCUCUCAGCAGCAAUGUGACCGUCAGGGUGUUUGUUCUUGACAGGAAUGAUAACAGCCCUCGUAUCCUGUCCCCCUCACAAGAAGCCAAGGGCUCAGCCUUGUUUGAGAUGGUGCCUCGUUCGGCCGAGGCAGAUUAUCUUGUCACCAAGGUGGUGGCCGUGGAUGCAGAUUCUGGACACAACGCCUGGCUCUCCUACCACCUGACUCAGGCCACUGAGCCGGCACUCUUCACGGUUGGUUCUCAUACUGGAGAGAUCAGGACAGCCAGGGCCUUUGUGGAGAGAGACGCUGUGAAACAGAGACUGGUCAUUCUGGUGAAGGAUAACGGGCAGCCGUCUCUCUCGGCCACCAUGACUCUGAACCUGGUGUUUGCUGAGAACUUUCAGGAGGCCCUUCCGGAAAUGAAGAGCCAACCCAGCAGCUCGGAGUAUCAGUCUGACCUGCAGUUCUACUUGGUGCUGGCCUUAGCUGUGAUCUCCUUCUUGUUCCUCUUGACUGUCAUUCUGGCCGUUACAAUGAAGCUCCGUCAAUCAGGGCAUCCCAGGUUCCUACAGUGCUUUGGUCCUGUUCCUCAUUCCAAGAAUGGUGCCAUCUUCCCACCCAACUUUGAAGAUGGGACUUUGCCCUAUUCCUACCAGCUGUGUCUGUCUUCUGAGUCCAGGAAGAACGAGUUUACCUUCCUGACACCCAGUGUUCAGAUGGUAGACAAUAUUAUUGGCAGUGAGAAACCUGCUGUGCCUUUUACAGGCAAUGUAGGAAACAAUUUUGAUUCUGCAGUAGAUAAUGGAGAACAGGUAAGGUUUGUUUUCUGAAAUUAAAUGCCAUUAUCUAUCAUUCUUUGCCAUUAGUGACAUUGUCAGAGUGCUUUUUAUCCAGCUAAUGUGACUGCCUUUUUGUUUUUCAUCAUAUAAAUGAAAAGUUUGGCUCUUACAUCAUUUGGCUUUCAUGAAUCAGGAUGCGUCCUUUUCACUCCAUGGGGAAGCUACACAUUGCAGCUUCGAGCCAUGCCCUUGAAACCAUCUGGUAUAACUUAUCUUGUUGUCAUUUGAACAACUAGUAUUUUGAGGAGUUGACCUUCAACUACUUUCAUUAAAAAGAACUUUGCUUUUCACAUUACUUGGCUUGGGGGGGGGCAGAAAUUUUGGCUGUAGAAUCAAAGGAGGGCACCUUGCUAUAUAGCAGAAAAUACUGUCACUGUUAUUAGUAUUACUAGCAAUUUUUUAAAGCAAUAGAUUUUAAAGAUAUACGCUUUUGAGAGGUGUCUGUAAAUUAUGCUUUACUUCCUUCUCCAUAAAAUCAAAUUCAUAGGCAUGUGUGUUCCUGCAUGAGUGAUGUAAAAAAAAAGUCAUGUCAAGACUGAUUGAUUGACUGACUGACUGACUGACUGACUGGCCUUCUAGAGUAGAUUGUGGAUAUUUCCAGCCCCCAUAUUCCUUUAAGUGAAACCACAUUGCAUUAAAGCUCUUUCUAAACAACUGUCUGACAGGCGGACAGAUAAUGUGGGAUAUUUUGUUAAAGACAUGAAUUGUGCAUUUAUUUUUUUAAAAAAAUUAUUUAAAACAAAAAUAAAACAAUUACAUACAGUCAGAGAGUUAUCUUCGAAUACUCCACAGAGCUUUGCUAAAGUGUAUAUUCUAAAAUCAUUUCAAUCUUAACAAAAACAAAAUGGUAUGUAAUAACCUCCAUCUCUUUGACUGUUGUCCACAACUACAAAUAUAUAUUGUAUCAGCAGCAGUGUUGGUCUGCAGGGAUUAUACAAAGGCAAGAAGGAAGGAGGAAAAAUAAAAUAAAAUAUGUGCUUCAUGCACACCAAACUGUGCUGUAGGCCAAGGCACAUAGCUGUCAACGUUUCCCUUUUUUCAAGGAAAAUUCCCUUAUUCCGAAUAGGAUUCCUCGCAAGCAAAGGGGAAAGUUGACAGUUAUGCUAAGGCACUGUUCUGCCACAUGCCUCAUUGUUUGUAUAAUCUAUAAAGUCAUCCAAGACUGCAUAAAAGUUAUCAUAUUUUCCCUGGCCUCUUGCUGUCUUCAAUUUCCAUGUCAGUUUUUUCAAUAAUGCUACCUGCCUGCGUCGUGUAUUUCUGCCUCAUGAUUUAGACAAUAAUAAUGAUACUGUGUAUAUGAUAUUUAUAAGUUUCAAAGGGCAUUGCAUAUAAUGGGUCAGAUUCAGAAUUAGUUAUCCUUGGAUCAAUUAGUCAAACAAGACUAAUUUAAGUCAAAUUUGUUUAAGCGGGGCUACUCUAAGUAUGAUGGAGUCUGGAUUUGACACAUUAUCUUAGAAUUCUUAUAUAAGUGAGUUCCUGUCAGAGGCAAAAUUCAUACCACGGAAUUCCUGGUUCACAGUUUUUCACAUGAGAUCAGCUCAAUAUACAUGAAGCAUGUUGAAUUCUCGAACUCCUCUACCAACAUGUUAGCUAUGAUACUUACAUGGCAUGAACGCAUGAAUAGAUGGACAAUUGCAUUUCUGAUCAUAGCAUUGUGGGAUAUAUUAGCAGGUUCUUGAGUUCCUUAAGCCUGCAAUGAACCACCCGCUCCAACUCCCUGCUGGGCUCAUGGCCAGUAGGGCAGAUGUGAAGAUAGAGGAAUGUUCUUGCCAGGGUUGUUGCUAGCUGUUGGAAGGAAUUAGGGGACAGGCCCAUGACUGACAAUUGCAGUGUGCUCAGG